AUGAGUUUAGAUUAUAAAACUGAUGCUGUUCUUCAAAAACGUUUGCAUGAAGAAUUAGCCCAACUUGUAAUUCAAGAAGGAAAUUGUGUUUGUGCUGAUUGUGGUGCUACUACCCCUAAAUGGAGUAGUGUUAAUCUAGGUAUUUUUAUUUGUAUUAGAUGUGCUGGAAUUCAUCGUUCAAUGGGAACUCAUAUUUCUAAAGUUAGAUCUAUUACUCUUGAUUCCUGGACAGAAGACCAAGUUAAUCUUGUUCGAAGGAUAGGAAAUAAUAACGCUGCAAAAAUAUGGGAAAACCAAUGCUCUGUUGUUAAAAGACCUGACAUGGACCAGCACCAAUUAGAACGAUUUAUCAGAGAUAAAUACGAACAUAAACGUUACUUUAAUCAACAAAACUAUUCUAAUUUCUAUGAAGGUAAUGCUUCUCAAAAACAAAACCAAUUAUUAUCUUCUUCUUCAACCGUUCAACAACAAGUUCAAUACUCUCAAACAACACCUUCUAAACAAUUAAAUUUUUUACCACCUUCAAAAUAUCCACAAUCACCUUCUCAACAAAGAAAACAACAAGUUCAAGUAUCUUCUUCUGCUUCUCCAUUAUUUGACAUGAAUACUUCUACUCCUAAAACGUCUUCACAACAAAAGCCAACUCAAUACUCAAAUUUAUUUGACAUGUUAGAUGCAAAACAAAGUUCUGCUGAACCAGUAAUAAAUCCAGUUUCACCAAAACCUUCUCAGCAAUCAAAACCCUCUGAUAUUCUCAGUAAUCUUCAAAGUAAACCUCAAGUCAAGUCAUGUAAUGUUUUUGACAAUAUUGCUCUUCAGAAUCCUCAAGCACAACAACCCCAGUAUCAUCAAUCUUAUGACCUUUCACAACAAAAGAAGAUUGAUUAUAUGUCACUUUAUGGAAAUCCACAACAGUUCCAACAACAACAACCAAUGAUUUAUCAACAAACUGUUCCUCAAGGAAGAUACGACGCCUUAAGGAAUCAAUAUCCAAUGUAUCAACAACAAGCCCCACAACAAGGAAUUCAGUUACCACAAAGAGAUUAUUCUUCAAUUGGAAAGUAUUACAUUUAA